GAGCAGCCUCGUGGGAGCCGCGCUCCGAACGACCCUCCUUGUAUCGUAUAAAGCGUGUUCUCGACCCAUAGACUAAGCAGUGAUCGCUGGGUCGAGAACACGCUCGUGGAAAGGGCCGUUAAUCGCUUGGGAAAAAUGCACGACCAUGCGGCGGUUGUUAACGUUACACCGAGGAAAGUUUACCUCGUCCUCGAGGAUGGUUCCGUCUUCCCGGGAAGGCAUUUUGGCGCGGAGAAACCGGUCGAUGGUGAAAUAGUGUUCCAGACUGGUAUGGUGGGUUAUCCGGAAUCACUUACAGAUCCUUCCUACCAUUCUCAAAUUCUAGUGCUCACGUAUCCGCUGAUUGGAAAUUAUGGCGUGUUUGGAAACGAACUGGACGAACAUAAGAUCCCAUAUUGGUUCGAAUCUCAUCGAAUCUGGGCCGCUGGCCUGGUGGUCGGCGAGAUCUGCGAAACUCCGAGUCAUUGGCGGCAAACGAGAACGCUGUCCGAAUGGAUGAAGGAACAAAAUAUUCCCGGAAUAUACGAAAUCGACACAAGAGCAUUGACGAAAAUUAUUCGCGAAAAGGGUAGUAUAUUGGGUAGAAUCGUUUUCGAUCAACCAGUUGUAAAUUCUCUCCCUCUGGAUCCACCUAUAACGGAUCCGAACAAGAGGAAUCUCGUUGCGGAAGUGUCGCAGAGCGUACAAAGAACGUAUAAUCCCAGCGGUUCUCCUCGUAUAUGCGUUAUAGACUGCGGUCUAAAGUACAAUCAAUUGAGGUGCUUGAUUAGUCGAGGUGCUCGCGUGGAUGUCGUGCCGUGGGAUUGCGACGUGAGUAAGCUGAAAUACGAUGGCUUAUUCCUGAGCAAUGGACCGGGUGAUCCGAGCAAAUGUAAUGCAACGGUGGCGAACAUUCGAUCCGUUCUUGAACAACGACCAAAGAAACCGAUCUUCGGUAUUUGCCUUGGUCAUCAGUUGCUCUGCAUCGCUGCCGGUUGUUUAACGUACAAGAUGAGUUACGGAAAUCGUGGCCACAAUCAACCAGUUACACAUCACGGAACCGGUCGUUGUUUCAUGACCUCGCAAAACCAUGGGUUUGCGGUCGACGCGAGUCAGUUGCCAGAGAAUUGGGAGGCACUCUUCACUAACACGAAUGACAAAAGCAACGAAGGCAUUGUGCAUUCUACUAUGCCUUAUUUUUCCGUUCAAUUUCAUCCCGAGCACACUGCCGGUCCCCAAGAUUUAGAAUGCUUGUUCGACGUGUUCUUGGACGCCGUGAAGGACGAAACGAAGGGUGUAACGGAGAUCUCGAUGAAAGAGAGAUUGAAUAAAAAAUUGAGGUUCCGCACGGAGCAGCCGGAUAACAUGGUCAUCCGGCCGAAGAAGGUGUUAAUUUUGGGAUCGGGCGGUCUGAGCAUCGGCCAGGCAGGCGAGUUCGACUACUCUGGAUCGCAAGCGAUCAAGGCUUUGAAAGAAGAAUGCGUGCAAACCCUUCUGAUCAAUCCGAACAUCGCGACCGUACAAACGACCAAAGGCAUGGCCGAUAAAGUCUACUUUCUGCCGAUUAUACCUGAAUACGUGGAACAGGUGAUACGAUCGGAACGUCCCGACGGUGUGCUGUUAACAUUUGGCGGACAAACUGCUCUCAAUUGCGGCGUCGAGCUCGAGAAAACUGGUGUUUUCGAAAAGUACAACGUAAAAAUUCUAGGAACACCUAUACAAUCGGUGAUAGAAACCGAGGAUAGAAAGCUGUUCGCCGAACGCAUCGCUCAGAUAAAUGAAAAAGUAGCACCGAGUGCCGCGGUGUACUCUAUUCAAGAGGCACUGGACGCAGCUGGAAAACUAGGCUACCCCGUGAUGGCUAGAGCUGCGUUUUCCCUCGGAGGUUUGGGUUCGUUCUUCGCUAAUACCAAGGAAGAGUUGUGCACUCUGGCCCAGCAAGCUUUUGCUCACUCUAACCAGCUGAUCAUCGAUAAAUCGUUGAAGGGUUGGAAAGAAGUCGAGUACGAAGUGGUUCGAGACGCGUAUGAUAAUUGCAUCACAGUAUGCAACAUGGAGAACGUCGAUCCUCUCGGUAUUCACACCGGUGAGUCGAUCGUUAUUGCACCGAGCCAGACUUUGUCGAAUAAAGAGUACAAUAUGCUUCGGACCACUGCCAUCAACGUCAUUAGACAUUUCGGCAUCAUUGGCGAGUGUAACAUUCAAUACGCGUUGAAUCCGAACACCGCAGAAUAUUAUAUCAUCGAAGUAAACGCAAGAUUGUCUCGAAGCUCGGCUUUGGCGAGUAAAGCGACCGGUUACCCGUUAGCUUACGUGGCCGCCAAGUUGGCACUUGGUAUUCGCCUACCUGAUAUUCAUAAUAGCGUGACAGGAAAAACAACGGCUUGCUUUGAGCCUAGUCUUGAUUAUUGCGUGGUCAAGAUUCCAAGAUGGGACUUGGGGAAAUUUCAACGAGUCAGCACGAAGAUUGGUAGCUCUAUGAAAAGCGUAGGAGAAGUGAUGGCGAUCGGGCGCAAGUUCGAGGAAGCCUUUCAGAAAGCUCUGAGGAUGGUGGACGAGAAUAUUACUGGUUUCGAUCCGUAUGUGAAAACUCCGAACGACGAGGAAUUGGAAAAGCCAACUGACAAGAGAAUGUUCGUUCUCGCUGCUUCGAUCAAGGCUGGAUACACGAUCGAUCGAUUAUACGAAUUGACAAAGAUAGAUCGAUGGUUCUUGCAUAAGAUGAAAAAUAUUAUUGACUAUUAUGUGGUACUGGAGAACACCGACCACACAAAAUUGUCUCACGAUGUUUUGCUGGGCGCGAAACGGAUUGGAUUUUCAGACAAGCAAAUCGCAGCGGCUGUAAAGAGCUCGGAAUUAGCUGUUAGAAUACAAAGGCAAGAGAGCAAUAUACGACCGAUGGUGAAGCAAAUAGACACGGUGGCUGCAGAGUGGCCAGCGACAACAAAUUAUCUUUAUAUAACGUACAAUGGAACUACGCACGACGUAGAUUUUCCUGGCGGAUACACAAUGGUGAUAGGUUCUGGCGUUUAUCGAAUCGGCAGUUCGGUGGAAUUCGAUUGGUGUGCCGUGAGUUGCCUGCGCGAGUUGCGAAAUUUAGGAAGGAAAACGAUCAUGAUCAAUUACAACCCAGAAACGGUCAGUACCGACUACGAUAUGAGCGAUCGAUUGUACUUCGAGGAAAUAUCGUUUGAAGUGGUGAUGGACAUUUAUGACCACGAAUGCCCGGAGGGAAUAAUUCUUUCGAUGGGCGGUCAAUUACCGAACAACAUCGCUAUGGAUCUCCACAGGCAGCAAGCCAGAAUUCUUGGAACUUCACCAGAGUCUGUGGACGGAGCUGAAAAUCGGUUUAAAUUUUCCCGCAUGUUGGACGGUAUAGGGAUAUCCCAACCCAGGUGGAAAGAAUUGACGAACUUGAAGUCCGCUAUCGAGUUCUGCGACGAAGUGGGCUAUCCUUGCUUGGUGCGUCCAUCGUACGUGUUGAGCGGAGCCGCGAUGAACGUGGCCCAUUCGAACCACGAUCUAGAGUCGUAUUUGAAAAGCGCCAGCGAGGUGAACAAAGAGCACCCAGUAGUCAUCUCGAAGUUUAUCCUCGAAGCGAAGGAGAUAGACGUGGACGCGGUUGCCUAUGACGGGGUAAUUCUGUGUAUGGCGGUGUCGGAACACGUGGAGAACGCGGGUGUGCAUUCGGGUGAUGCUACCCUCGUUACUCCACCACAGGACAUCAAUGCUGAAACGUUAGCGAAAAUAAAAAUGAUGUCAAAGGCAAUUGCUGCCUCCCUCGGGGUAACUGGUCCCUUCAACAUGCAACUGAUAGCGAAGGACAACGAACUAAAAGUCAUCGAGUGUAACGUCAGGGUAUCUAGAUCGUUUCCUUUCGUCUCGAAAACCUUGGACCACGAUUUCGUAGCUAUGGCCACGCGACUGAUUGUCGGAGAAUCCGUCGAACCAGUUGACGUUCUCGCCGGAUGCGGCAAAGUCGGUGUUAAAGUUCCGCAAUUUUCCUUCUCGCGCCUUGCCGGGGCGGAUGUAAUGUUGGGCGUGGAGAUGGUGUCCACCGGGGAAGUUGCUUGUUUCGGUGACAAUCGGUACGAGGCUUACUUGAAAGGAACGAUGAGCACCGGCUUUCAUAUACCGCAAAAGGGAAUUUUACUUUCCAUAGGAAGUUUCAAGCACAAAAUGGAAUUGCUACCGUCGAUUCAAAGUCUCCAUAAAAUGGGAUACAAAUUAUACGCCAGCAUGGGAACAGCAGAUUUCUAUACCGAACACGGGGUGGAGGUAGAACCAGCGCAAUGGACCUUCGAGAAUAUCAGCGUGAACGAAGAUUCCAGCCCGAGCGAACUACGACAUUUGGCUGAUUUCCUUUCCAAAAAGCAAUUUGAUCUUGUAAUUAAUUUGCCAAUGCGGAACGGCGGUGCACGGCGAGUCUCGAAUUUUAUGACGCACGGAUAUCGCACCAGAAGGCUCGCGGUCGAUUAUUCCGUUCCUCUAAUCACAGACGUUAAAUGUGCCAAAUUGCUCGUCGAAGCUAUGAGAAUGCUUGGCGGUCGAGCACCCCGUAUGAAAACUCACACAGAUUGCAUGUCUUCGCGAACGAUGAUCAAGCUUCCUGGCUUGAUCGACGUUCACGUGCACACCCGCGAUCCUGGAACAGUUUACAAGGAAGAUUUUGCUUCUUGUACCGCGGCUGCGCUCGCCGGAGGCAUCACGGUAAUCUUUGCAAUGCCCAACACCUACCCUGCUGUCGUCGAUCAUCAGUCUUUCGCCCUGGCCAAGGAACGUGCUCUCUCCAGUGCGAGAUGCGAUUACGCAAUUUAUAUCGGCGCUUCGUCGGAUAAUUACAGUAUAACGGCCGAGCUGGCUCCGUUGACAGCGGGUCUCAAGAUGUAUCUCAAUGAAACCUUUACGACACUUCGAUUGACCGAUUUAACAAUAUGGAUAAAGCAUUUUCAAAGUUGGCCAAAACGGUACCCUCUUUGCGUACACGCCGAGGGUCAGACCACGGCUGCGAUUCUUCUUCUGGCCGGCUUGCACAACAGACCCAUUCACGUGUGUCACGUAGCUCGAAAAGAAGAGAUCCAAAUUAUACGCGCUGCUAAGGAGAAGGGAAUGGCCGUCACCUGCGAAGUAUGCCCUCAUCAUUUAUUCCUGUGCGAGGAUGAUCUUGAGCGAAUAGGACACGGACGGGGUCAAGUGAGGCCAGUAUUGGGAACCAGGGAGGAUCAGCAAGCUCUCUGGGAAAAUUUAGAUGUGAUCGAUUGCUUCGCCACAGAUCACGCACCGCACACGGUACAAGAGAAAUGCAGCGAGACUCCACCGCCAGGAUUUCCUGGACUCGAAACCAUGCUUCCACUUUUAUUGACCGCGGUUCACGAGGGAAAGAUGACGAUAGAGGACGUGGUGGACAAGCUGUACAGAAAUCCGAAGAAGAUCUUUAACGUACCGGAUCAGCCAAAUACCUAUAUCGAGGUUGAUCUCGACGACGAAUGGGUAAUUCCGGACGCGAUGCCUUUUAGCAAAUCAAAGUGGACUCCGUUCGCUGGGAUGAAAGUUCGAGGAUCGGUGCACAGGGUGGUACUUCGAGGGGAGGUCGCUUACGUCGAAGGGCAAGUUUUGGUAAAUCCUGGCUUUGGUCAAGAUAUCAGAGAAAUUCAAGCUAAAACGAAACAUCUAAUUGCGACUACUGCACCGAUCCUCGACGUUGUUGUUAGCCGGCCGAAUUCUGCUUUGGACGGUCUGUUGUCACCGAAUUGCGACAUAACCGAAGAAGAGCAAAAUGAUUCGUACGCGCAGCUUUUGCAACCAUCACAGAAAUCAAACGUUCACUUUUCCGUGGACGUAGAAUCUCGGGAACAGACAAAAGUUCCAACGUUACAACGCAACAUUUCACCGCUUCCCAUUAGCAACGCGACUAGGUACAAAAGCGACAGCAAUCCCAAUCUCCUCCUGACGACCGUGACACCUGUUCCCUCUGUUCCCCCUGUUCACAUUAGCCACAACCUGGUCGGACACAACAUAUUGUCCGUAGACAUUUUCACGAAAGAAUCGUUAAAGGACGUAUUUAAUCUCGCCGAAAUGCUUCGCAGUGCUGUUAGGAAAGAACGAUCUUUGGACCAUAUUUUACGGGGAAAAGUGAUGGCAUCGAUCUUUUACGAAGUCAGUACCAGAACUUCUUGCAGUUUUGCCGCGGCGAUGGAACGGCUCGGCGGUCGUGUGAUAUCCAUGGACGGUACUACGUCGUCUGUGAAAAAAGGGGAGACUUUAGAAGAUUCGGUCGCAGUGAUGGCUGGGUACGCGGACGUAGUGGUUCUUCGUCACCCUGAACCGGGUGCGGUAUCGAGAGCCGCGCAGCAUUGUAGAAAGCCGUUACUCAAUGCCGGCGAUGGUGUCGGCGAGCACCCAACUCAAGCGAUGCUCGACAUCUUUACCAUCAGAGAUGAAAUUGGUACAGUGAACGGUCUCACCAUCACCAUGGUCGGGGACCUUAAGCACGGUAGAACCGUCCAUUCCUUGGCAAGGCUAUUGACUUUGUACAACGUGGAACUUCGGUACGUUUGUCCUCCUGGACUUGGCAUGCCUGACCAUGUGGUAAAAUACGUGUCCGAGCGUGGAAUCCCACAGGAAAAGUUUAACACACUCGAGGAGGCUCUUCCCGACACAGACGUUCUUUACAUGACGCGCAUUCAGAAAGAACGUUUCGCCACUCAGGCGGAAUAUCGACAGGUUUGCGGACAUUUCGUAAUCACUCCACAAUUGAUGUCUCGAGCGAAGAGGAAGAUGGUCGUGAUGCAUCCGUUGCCCCGCGUUUUCGAGAUCAGCACAGAGUUCGAUACCGAUCCCCGUGCCGCUUAUUUCCGGCAAGCUGAAAACGGCGUCUAUGUUCGAAUGGCUCUAUUGGCGAUGGUCCUUGGACGCGCGUGAUUUCUAGAGAGCCUAAAUCAUACGCGUACGUACACACACGGCUUGUGGGUCAAGACCGUUCCGAUUUCGAGAGAAGAAGAAACGAUAGGAAAAAAACAAAAUUCUUGACCGUAUUUCCAGUUAGACUGAUUCAUGUACAUUCUUUUAUCUUGGAUCAAAGGAACAAGGAGCUGGAAUUUAUCAUAGACGGUGAUAAAGCAGCACAGUUGCACGAUAUAUUUUUCAUCGGUUUGCAGAUCGAAACUUUGUACUCGUUUCAAUUACACGAUAAAAGAAGAAUUUUUAUGAAACAUCCGAUGGACACGUAAUUUUAUAUAAAUAUAUUUUGAUAAAAUCUUAUCGCUAAAUACUGCAAUUUUCGAAUAAUUAAUUGAUUAUACAUCACAGGAUGCAAUUCCCACCUCGUUUCUUUACGGAUGGACGUAAGAAGCCGCGCGGGUGAAAGGUAAUAAAAUUUUUUAUUUUUGAAUAAUACCAAUUUAUAUACAUUGUUCCUCGUAUCUACAUGUACAUAUGAUAUGCCUAUAAAUAGAUACUCGUCUGAAAAUAA